CAAUUCGUCUUGACAGCUUCUUCACAAUACCGAGGUUAAAAUAUCUCUCAGUAUCAGUUCUCCAAUUACCAGAGUUCAAUCCACCGCCACCAUGUCCGGUCCUUUUCUCGAUCUACCACCUGAAGUACUUUUCAGCAUUUCGGAUUAUAUUGAGCCGGAUGAUCGAAAGAACCUUAGCCUGGCCAAUUCCGGGCUUCGGACUGCAAUGGCGCCAUGCCUAUUCAAGGUCCUACGAGUCAAUUGUCCGCUUGUAGAGGAUCACAUCUUACCUACAAUUGUCGAUAAAUAUGGUGCUAAUAUUCUAGAAUUGAGGUUGAAUGUUACUUUCUACCCCGAGAAGUUGACUGAGACGUCGGAUGCGGAGGAGGAGGAAGAGGAGGAAGAAGUGGAGGAAGAAGAGAGCGAGGACAAGUCUUCUGAUGUGGAUAUGUCAGAUAAUGAAGAGCAUGACAACGAAGAAGAGGACAAGAAUGAGGAGGAAGGCUACAUUGACGACGGCGAGGAGGAGGAGGAAGAAGAAGAAGAAGAAGAGAAAAACGACAGCGACAAUGAGCCUGACAAUAGAUGGUACUGGGACAAUCCUCCCGCAUCAGUCUGGGCCAGAAAAGAAGCAGACAUACCAAUCAUCCAAGAUCUCAUCCGAUUCAAGGGUCUACCACGCUGCAAAGCCCUGACAAUCCACACCAAUGGCGAAAAGGACUUUGAGGGCGAAGUGGAUUGGGACAACAACAAUAUCGGCAGAAACUACAUUUACUUCUGCUGCGAGCCUGAAACUUGGUGGGAAGUCCAGCGAAAGGAACAGACAUAUUCAUGGCGCGCUGCUUUGCGGGAUAUGUACCGCGACAUCGCUACGCUUUCGCCGGUCGACGAACUUACUAUCUCCAACUUUCUCCCGCGAAAGACUUCAUUCUGGGAGGACAAGAAAUGGGCUGAGUUUCUGGGCCGUUUGAAGAAGUUGACGCUCAAUACGUAUGGCGGAAACAACGGCGCUGGUUGGCAGGUUAAUACAUUGCCUGGUUUUCACGCUUUCUUCAAUGAAUUGUCGGCAAAAGUUCUUGGCCAUGCGAACGCGCUGGAAUACUUUAAACUCAAAACUCAUGACGAUGGCUUUCUGGGCGGUGCGGGCUCGCUGUACAUACCUCCUGGUUGCAUGCCGGCUCUCAGGUCACUGCACGUAGACGGUAUAGCAGUGACCUCUGUGCUGACAGAUUACCUCAAAGAAGUAAACGGCACGCUGUCUAAACUCUGCAUCACGGAAUGCGUCGCGUUUGCCUCCGAUCCGAAUGGCGAUGAUGCACCAAGAUGGGCCGAUCUAUGGAGAGCUGCACGACAAGCUCUGAAAGCACCUGCGGAGGUAAUAUGUGUACCGACUAAGGAACGGCCUAUUACGGAAGAUGAGGGGGAUUAUUAUGGUGAUGAGGUUUAUGUGCCGCCGGCUGAUGAGGAUGACACGAUCAAGAGUUGGAGAAGGAAGGUCAAGGAGGAGGAAGGGCUUUGUAUCUGGCCGUAUGGGUGGUUGGAUGAGAAGUAUGGAUCUAUCUAUCCUGAUCAUGAGGUGAACCUUGAGCGUCUUGAGAGUUGGGAAGAUAACCAAGAGUUUAAUUUGUUGAUGGAGGAGGUGACGAGGGGGGGCGGGAAAUGUACAGUCUCUUGAUCCGGUAGCAAGGCUGUAUUAUGAACAAAAGGUAGGCCAAGUUAUCGACUGACUGAUAGAAUCUUUGCCUUUCUGAGUCUAUAGAGGGUCUUUCCAACUAAUGUUGACUUCCAUACUGCC